GUACGGUGCAGACGUGGAUGUGAAUCACCACCUUGCUUCCCGGGUCCCCAGCCUCUCCGUGCGGCCCCUCACCACGCUGGUGGUCUGCCCGCUCUACAUCAGUGCUGCCUACCACAACCUCCAAUGUUUCCGGCUGCUGCUCCAGGCAGGAGCCAACCCAGAUUUUAACUGCUGCGGGCCCAUCAACAUCCAGGGCUUCUCCCGGGGCUCUCCGGUGUGUGUGAUGGACGCUGUCCUGCGGCACGGGUGUGAAGCAGCGUUUGUCCAACUCUUGAUUGACUUUGGAGCCAAUCUGAGCCUGGUGAAGGUGGAGGCCUUGGGAGUUGAAUCCACUGGAAGGGUCAAAGUCAACCCUGAGGCUCUGCAGGUGUUCCAAGAAGCAAGGGGACGCACCCGGAGCCUCUUGUCUCUCUGCCGCAUAGCUGUACGAAGAAUACUUGGCAAAUCUCGUCUGGAUCUGAUCCAUAUCCUUCCAGUCCCAGACCCCAUUAAACAAUUUUUACUUCAUGAACACAGUUAA